AAAAUGCCUCUUCCUUUAAAAAAUAUUUUUUCUUUGACCUCAAAAUUGGCUAAGUCUCGUCAUGGAUCUCUUCGCUUCCUAGGAUUUAAGGCUCCUUUUAUAUCCACUAAAGAAUCACCAGUUGUUGGACUUUUUGGAAACUUCCUCCUUCAGACUCCCAAAGGCUUUGAAUUGCUUACACAAGCGGUGAAUGCUCGUUCCGGUGAAUUGGUAAGAGAAAUAGUGGAUGGAAUUGAAGAAAGGGCUGUUGAUCCAAAGAAAUGCACCACUGUACAGUUAAUUGAUGACCUUUCUAAUGAGAUUUGUACUGCGGCAGAUUUGACUGAUUGUGUUCGUUGUAUGCAUACUGAUCCAAAAUUUACUGAAGCUGCAGAAAAGAGCAUGCGCUUCUUCACUUGCCUGGUUGAGACUUUGAAUACAACGCCUGAAUUAUAUUUUGCAUUGAAACGCUCUCUUGAAACAGAAUCUUCACGUUUGGACCCAGUUAGUUUGAGGACGGCAAAAAUGCUUUUAGAGGAUUUUGAGCUUUCUGGAGUGCUUUUAUCUGAUUCUGAGCGUCAACGCUUUGUCCAAUUAUCUAAUGAAAUUUUUGAUGCUGGAACCAAAUUUGUUGCUGGGACGGAUAAGCCCGUUGAAUUGACUGAAGAUGACAAGAAAGACUUUCUUAAAGAUCUCAAAUUACUAGAGUGGCCACUUUUUCAACAUGAGGACUCAAAACUUAGGAAAUUUACUUUUAACAAAUUUUAUCGACAUAAUGACGAGCAGGAAUUAUUGUUAAAACGCUUAAUCUCUUCAAGACAUCAAAUUGCACAAAUGACUGGAUUUCCAACUUUUGCACACCGAGCACAAAUAAAUUCUAUUCUGGGAAAUUAUGAAAAUGCUCAUAAAUUUCUUACAAGUGUAAUUGAGGGAUUUUCUAGUCAAAUUGAGGGUGAAGUAGAACAAAUUCGUGAGCUUGCCAAUUUCAAUUCUAAAAAUGUGACUAAUUUUAAUACUGUUGGUUUGGCUGACGUUGAAUUUGCUGUGAAGAAUUGGAAUAUUCAUAAAAUGCAAACAAUUGAAGAAAUCCCUCCCCUCUAUGAAUACUUUCAUUUUGGAAAAAUGCUUGAAGGAUUUGAGGAUAUUGUUAAUUUGCUUUAUGGAAUUACUUUUGUCAAGUCAAUACCUAAACGUGGUGAAUGUUGGGAAGGAAAUGUGUUGAAAUUGGAGGUUUAUAGAAAAGACGAAUUUAAUGACAAAAUAUUUCUCGGCCUUAUUUACAUUGAUAUAGACCAGCGGGAUUCCAAGCUUCAAGGCGAUUGUCAUUUUACUCUUCAAAACGGCGAAUUCCAAACACCUAUAGUUGUUGUAUCUUUGGGUUUUAAUUAUGCUUAUUGUUUGGAUCUAUAUUCUGAUGGUACAAUUGGUGAGAUAGAAAUGCAUCCCCACCAAGUAGAAAAUUUUUUUCACGAGAUGGGCCAUGCAAUGCAUUCAAUAUUGGGAAGGACUGUUUUUCAACAUGUUGCCGGAACUCGUUGUUCUACUGAUUUUGCUGAGGUUCCUUCACAUUUGAUGGAAUGCUUUUUUAAUGAUCCGAAGAUUUUUCAAAAAAUUUGUCGAAGUGCUCAAACUGGUUGUAUGUUGGACGAUGACUUAGUUUUGGCUCUUAUUAAAAGGCGAAAAUUGUUUCCUGCUGUAAAAUAUACACAACAGGCAAUUUAUUCUCUUUUUGACCUCGAACUGCAUGGAGAACAUGCUGAAGCUAUUUCUCAAAAUAAAUUUACUACAACGGAUCUCUUUAUUAAUUUGCAUAAACAAGCACUUCCACAGUUUCAUAUUGAGCCUGAUUAUGCAUUUCAUCAUAGAUUUUCUCAUCUAGUAUCUUAUGGAGCAAAAUAUUAUUCCUAUCUUCUUGCUCGUGCUAGUUCUGCAAUGAUUUAUAACAAAUUAUUUGCUAAUAAUCUUAUUUAUGAAAAAGCAAAUGGGGAAGCAUGGGCGGAGGUUCAAUCCCAUGGAGGAGAAUACUCUUCAGACGUCCUUUUGGCUAAAGCUUUGGGAAUCUCUACAGUCCCAUCCGUCGAGCAAUUGACCCAGUCGCUUAUAAUGGAGGCUAAAUCUCCAAAAUUUUAA